GGUCAAGUUUGACAUGAAUCCGAAUUGUUACACAAAACGGCUAUUUUUAGACGUGACUUUUGUGAUAUGUUUGUGUAGACUCACUUAUAAAAUCUUAUAAUAGAUCACAAAUCAUCUAGGAAACGUUUAAAUACAAUAUUUACCAUGGUUAGCGUUCGAAAUUUAUGUUACCAGCCGUUUAACUAUGAUCAGAGUAAAAUUAUCAGAUUGUGCAGACUGUAUCAGUAAAAUCAAGGAAUCCUGUCUCGGUGAAUAGCCUUGUAUUUGUUAACCGGGAAUUUUCAAACUGUUGCAUAUUUGUGCACAGAAAGUUUCACUGUUGAAGGAUGGCAAACUCAUUGCUUGAUUCACUCAAGGCAUUUGACAAAACAAAAUUGAAACAAACAGACACUAAAAUUACAACUACUGAAGGACUACAGAUAGUCGAGAAAAGGGAUUCUCACGGACGGAUAAUUCACGAACUGGUUGGAGGAAGAACAUACGGCUUUGUGGCAUCAACAGUAGAUGACUUACAAGUUGGAGAAGUGUUAUCCGAUCAUUUAAUUAUUGGAUCACAGGAUGUAGCCCAUGACUUAACAUUGUUGGAAAAGUUCAAAGUUACCCAUAUACUGAACCUAGCUUCUUAUGUGCAAAAUAAAUACCCAGACAAAAUCAAAUAUAAAACCAUUAAAAUUAAUGAUCUUCCAGAAGUGCAAAUUAUUCCCUAUUUUGAUCAAGCAUUCGAGUUUAUUGAUGAAGGUGUGAGAGACGGAUGUGUAUUGGUUCAUUGUAACGCUGGUGUUUCUAGGUGUUCCACGGUAAUUAUUGGCUAUCUGAUGAAAACCCAUCAUAUGAGUUUAACUGAGGCUUACAAUUUAGUAAAAGAAAAGAGACCUGCUAUUCGUCCUAAUGAUGGAUUCAGGGUUCAAUUGAAGACGUAUGAGGAGAAACUACAGAUGGAUCGCAAGUCGUAAUAGUAUCUUUAUCCAUUGAAUAAAUGCAAUACCAAUAGGUCGGACGUUUCAAUCCAAUAAAUGGAGUUCCAACAGGACUGAUAGAUUAACCCAAGUUUUGUUGAAAACAAUUAUUUAUAAUAAAUAAAUUGCUCACUAUAUACAA